UUUGUAUUGAUUUUUUUCGGCAAAAAUUACUACAUUUACUGAAAUAUUUUCGGAGAUUGGUAUUAUUAAAAUAAACUUGUUGAAACAACGCGAAUUUUGAUCGGUCAUCGUGCCAUUCUCUGAGGAGCCAAUUGUCAUGGAUCGUCCACAAAAAAAGCUAAAGUUAUUGCACCCCGUCGGAGAUGGUAAUGAAGAUGCUGACGCUGGUCCCUCAAAUGAGGAAUCAACACCAAAAAUAUUCAAGUUGAACACCGAUUGCUUCGAUGAAACAUUCGAAUAUUUGUCGCUGAAAGAUUUGCAUUCAUUUGGACAAACAUGCAAGCGGAUGAACAAAGUGGCCGGCGAAUAUUUCAAACGAAAUUAUUCAUCGAUUCAAACAUGGUGCGAAAUUGGCGGAAUUUACACCAAUUAUUCGGACAAAGAUGGAUACAACCCCAAACGGAUUAAAAUAUCGGGCUUUAGUGAAUUCACACCAAACAUUUCAAUUGACGAUGACGAUCUCAGUUAUAUUCAACCUCAUGUCAGUGAAUUUAAUUCAGUUAAACGCAUUACAUUCGACUAUUCAAUUAUUGACAACGAAACAAUUAAGUUUUUCGAACAAUUAUUGGGCCAACUAGAAAUGGUGCUACUAUUGAAAUGUGCUAUUGAUGCUGGCCUUUACCAUUUGAUGUUGCAACACUGUGGAAAGUUGAAGAAGAUUUUUGUUCGAGAGUGUAAGUUCAAUGGCCAUCCGAUCGAUGAAUACGAGUGGCUGUUGCAUACAUAUCCAAAGCUUGAGCAUUUGCAUCUUUCCGCUUAUGAAGGAAUUGGUAAAAUUGAAGAACUAUCGACAUUUUUUGAGCGUAAUCCAAAUGUCCAUCGAUUUUCAACUGACUUUGAUUUGAUUUGGGACAAUCGUGACGUAUUUUCAAAUUCCAAAAUUAAGUUGGAUAUAUUGGAGCUCGGCGGCUCACGUAGUCUACUUCGGACAAAUCUGCAAGAGUAUCUGAAGCUAUUAAACGGACUUCAUGACCAAGGCUUUUAUAAACGAAUCUACAUUGACAUUGGUGAACUAGACAUGGAUUUAA